AUGACGACUUCGAAGCUUUUGAGGCAUGCAGCAGCUGCUGCUGCUGCUGUGCUUGUACUGGGCACGCUUCAGGGACCAUCAGAGCCCAGCAACCGAGUUGGUUUCAUUGGUGUGAAUCUCGGCCAAAUUUGGGCCGUUGAAGCAGCGGGAUCCAACGGUCAGGAUGACGAAGAAGAUCAGAGCAGUUUGGGGGGAAGUGAUGGUGAAGGAUCGGCAGGUAGUGAUGCUUCACAAAGCAACGCCAAGAACUCCUCAAUAAAACAAGCAAGCGAAAACGGCGAGCAAGUUGACAAAGACGAAGUGAACAACAUGGAUCACAAUGCAAAUGGUGGUGAUUCCAGAAAGCAGAGUAACCUGAGGGGCUCCGUAACCAACAGCAUCACCCCUCUGCCUUUACCCGGGAAGAACCUCAUAGAGAGCAUCUUCGGCUCCCUCGCGGAUGUGGCAAAGGAGUCAGGUCAUCCUCUUAAUGAACAAGCAAAGGAGGCGCAAUUAUUAAACGAACUCCUAGACAGAGUCUUCGUUCCCCGCCUGCAAACACCGCCGAAGUAUCAAGGAGCGUUGGAAUGUUUGAACGAGUCAAUAUAUCGCGACGUGCUGAGCGGCCCGAAGAAGGUCAAGGACAAUCCCCGCUUGUUGCAGCACGCGUACUCUGUUCUUCGCCGCCCGCCGGCCGUGCUGGAGGUCCCGGAGCUGUUUGUUGAGCUUCGUCAGGCGACAGAUAAGAAGGCAUGGGAAGUGAGACGGAAGAGGGAAAUAAAUUAUUACGAACGGAGAGGGGAACCCAUACCUGAUAUAUUGCAACUCUCAGCUGAUGAGGUGACGGCGCUGGACGCCGCGGAACCACGAAUGCGGGAAGAGGAAAUCUCAGAAACGGAGUUGGCCACUCGCGUCAUCAUGGUAGACGGGUGGAUGAAGGAACAAUACCGCUUGCGUCUGUACUAUCGCAAACGCAUUGGUCAACUGAAGGAGGAUCCGCAGGACCUUGUUGAUGGCUUUAAUCCAGGUCCUAAAUUCGUAUCAGUUAGCGUAGAAGAAGUGUUGGGCUUGAGCUACGGUGCGGUGUUGGAUCCUGAACCCGAGCCUGUUGAUCCAGAAGUGCAACGCCCCAAUGCUCGGGCCGCAGAAUUCUAA